AAUGUUGAAGUCGUUUAUACUUUUGUCUUCAGUUUUAACUCAGACUUAUGGUCAAGCAUUUCAGUUUGUACCACCAACUGUAACAAGUGCACAAUGUAAAGACAGAUUACCCAAUUGUUUUGCAUUUAAAAAAGAUUCUUGUCUAGCACCAUAUGAAAAAUGGGCAAAAGAUUACUGUCCAAACUUUUGUGGAUUCUGCGUAGGUCCAACAACCCCAUUACCACCUUGUGAGAACACCAAACCUGAUUGCGAGAAAUACCAAAAAACUGUGUGUACUGAGGAUGCAUACAGACAAUGGGCCUAUGAUAGUUGUCGGUACUACUGCCGACUUUGUUCACCGGGCCAGCUAAUAAUAAAAGACAGUCAAAUAACAACUUUGCCACCAGCAUUAUGCGUAGAUAAACGUCAUGACUGUAAACUGUAUGGUAAAGAUUCGUGUAAAGGGCAAUACAGCACCUGGGGUAGGGAGAACUGUAACCGUUUUUGUGGAUUCUGCCAAGGUCUACCCACACCUGCACCACCAUGUAUAGAUGGUAUACCCAAUUGUAAUCAGUAUGAAAAGGAUACAUGUACAGACAUUAAGUACAAAGAAUGGGCGGAGGAAAACUGUAAUAAAUAUUGUGGUUUCUGCUCUGAUGGAAGUAGUAGUGGUAAUCAACCAUCUGUGGCUCCUGUUCCAACAUUUGCACCGCCGCUUCCACAUGCUCCAGGAAAUCAACCUACCCCUUCAGGUACACUGGCCCCUCCUCUACCUGGUAAAUAAUUAAUUAUUUAUCAUGCAUUAUAUGGAAACAUGAUCAUUAAAAAUGGAAA